AUGGCGGAAGGAACUGAAGAAGACGUAGUGUUGGCUUCUGGCAGUUAUGACCACACCGUCCGUCUGUGGAACGUCGCCUCUGCAUUAUGCAUUCGGACGAUGGACCAUGCUGAUUCCCAGGUAAACAAGUUAGAAGUGAGUCCAGAUGGGGCACUGUUGGCAGCUGCUGGAUAUCAACACAUUCGAAUGUAUGAUUUGAAAACUGCAAAUGCAUGUCCCUUCAUUAAUUAUGAAGGGAUGACGAAAAAUGUAACCACUGUUGGUUUCCACACGAAUAUGCGCUGGAUGUUUACUGGUGGAGAGGACAAUUCGGCUCGCAUAUGGGACUUGCGAAACAGGAACCUUCAGUGCCAGCGCAUUUUUCAAGUUAACACACCGGUGAACUGCGUCUGUCUACACCCUAAUCAAGUGGAGUUGUUCGUCGGUGACCAGAGCGGUACGAUCCAUCUGUGGGAUUUGAGGACGGACCACAACGAACAGCUGCUUCCUGAACAGAAUGCCAGCAUUCAAUGUCUAGAUGUCGAUCCAGAAGGAACCAUGCUUGCAGCAGUAAACAACAAAGGCAUGUGUUACUUGUGGAAUUUGAUAUCUGGCAUCGCUGCGAACGAAUCAACUCGCCUGAAUCCGAAAAUCAGAGUUCAAGUGCACCAGCGUUAUGCCCUGAAGUGCAAGUUCUCGCCCGACUCCACGUUGCUGUUGACCACUUCUGCUGAUCACACGGCUAAGGUCUGGAAAACGGCCGACUUUUCAGAGCUUUCUGUGUUAACCGUACCCGGCCAGAAAUGGGUCUGGGAUUGUGCCUUUACACUUGACUCGCAGUAUGCCCUUACAUGCAGUUCUGAUAAUGCUGUCAGGUUGUGGCGCAUUGAAGGAGGUGCUCCGGUGCGCGAGUACAUCGGGCACCAGAAGGCCGUUACAGCGUUAGCCUUCCGCGACGUCAGAAGUGGAUAG